CUGAGGAGGCGUGCUCCCAACACAACGGCUGACUGUUAUUGAAAGAAGUUUAAAGACAGACACACGCUGAAGAGAGAGAGAGAAACAAACAAGAGAAAGGAUGGAUGUGGCAUCACAGUGUAACGGCUCUGACGUCACUGGAGGCGGAGCCAGUAAGAACCAAUCAGAAUGCAUCUCCAGCCAGCCAACCGCCAAUGGGACGCUCCCACACCGCAGCUCAGAUGAGGCUCCGCCCCCUCUCUUGGAUAGGGCAGAGGACCCGGACAGCAGCGAUGACUCUUUGAUUGACAGCUCCUCCACCAAUGACGUCUCUCGCCUCCUGCCCGCUCAGCCCGCCUCUGCUCAACACAAACAGAAAGGUGUGGACGCCUCAUCAGCGUCUCCUCCCCCGGUCUGCACUCCUCCCUCUCCCUCCCUCACCUCUCUUCCUCCUCCCUCUCGCUCGUCUACCUGUAACAGACACACCUGCAGCCUUCAUCAUCAUCAUCAUCAUCAAAACACCAAUCAGAAGCGUCUCUCCUCCACUAAAAGCCACGCCUCCGUUAAGACAGACGCCGCCCACAUCAAGGAGGUCGCUGGAGACGACUGUUGCAUUCAGUGUCUCCUGGGAUGUCUAUACUGUGAGAUGCUGUCCAUGUGUUCGGCAUUGGGGGCGUGUCUGGCGUGUGGAGUGGGCGGGGUCGGGUGCUGCGACUCUGCCGCUGGCUGCUGCUGCUGCGUGAAGGCGGCGGGGGAGGCGGCCUGUACGGAGGAGGCGUGUCAGGCUGUGUUAGAUUGUGGGAUACUGGAGGGCUGCUGCGGCUCGUCUGACUGUUUGGAGGUCUGUUUGGAGUGCUGCUCCAUCUGCUUCCCCUCGUAGAGCAGCCAAUCAGAGAAGGACUACACGAUGAUGUCAGAGAUAAACGUCCAAGUUGGAAAAAAUAAAUUCCAGACUGAAGUUCAUCUGAAUGCGCUCGUUCGUAGUUGGAGCAUCUCUGAGCAUUAAAAAACAUUUAAUCUUUGAACUAUCCAUCAAAACAAACUCAUUAAAACAGAUUUCCUAACACAAAAACGGAUUAUCUGAGGAGUUCAUGAACGCAGCGCUUGACUCUGCUUUCCGGACACAGACACAUCAUCGUUGGAUCAGCGCUCAAACCUCUGUUUUGUUUUUUUAUUCUUUUCCAGACUCAAAGACAUGAAUACAUUAAAUCGAUUUAAAUAAAGAUGAAAUAGAAAUUAAUAAAAAUAUUAUUUUAGGACAAAAAGACACAAGAGGAGUAAAAACAACACACACACAAAAAAAUGUCACCUCAUGCAGCAAAUUCAGGUGUUAAAAAACUGCAGUUCCUCCAGUGUCCACUAGAGUCUGUCUCCUGCAGUGAGUCAGUCCUCAUAGAGCUCCAUGU